AUGGUUAAUUUUACGGGUGAAAACUCCGGUAUUAUCGAAUUAACGACGGCUGGCUUGAAUGGGACAACUGAAAAUACUAACAAGAAGGAUGAUCCGCGAGACGAAUAUUUGGCAAGUUGGGAAAUCGCGACACUGGCGGCGAUGUUCCUUGCGGCUCUGGCUGGAAAUUCUUUGGUGCUGCUCGCCAUUUAUCUCAGGAGAUACGAUGCUCCCAAGAAGAACCUUACAAGAAUGCACCUCUUUAUUCUACAUCUUAGCGUAGCAGACCUAUUGACGGCAAUUCUAAACGUAUUCCCACAGCUCGCCUGGGAGAUUACCUUCAGGUAUAACAAUAUAAAUUACACGGCUUCGAUAAUUCACACAACGGGUUUCUAUCUUACAAGGCGGAUCCGUUACAGGUUUCAAGGUGGGCCGAUUCUUUGCAAAUUAGUCAAGUUCGGUCAACCGCUUGGCCCUUACUCGAGCUCGUACAUUUUGACGGCAACGGCACUGGACAGAUAUAAAGCAGUUUGCCAUCCGCUCGCCUAUUCCAGCUUUACGUCCAGGAGGUCGAAAAUUACGGUUUGCCUCGCAUGGUCUUUGUCCUUGGCUUUCUGCAUACCGCAGUUGAUUGUGUUUUCGUACCAAGAGGUCUCGCCGGAUAUUUGGGACUGCUGGGCUACCUUUAACCCACCGUCCGGUGAACGAGCAUACGUAACAUGGUACAGCAUAUCAAUAUUUAUACUGCCGCUACUGGUCCUCGUCUAUACCUACGCUUCUAUAUGCUUUGCGGUAUGGAAUAAUACCGGAAUCAUCGGAGAGGCACGCGAUACGAACGGUGGUCCGCUUCGCCAGCGGGCAAUCAUCUCCCGUGCAAAAAUAAACUCGAUCAAACAAAUGAUUGCCGUCAUUAGCUUCUACGCUGUUUCCAGCAGUCCGUUCAUCGCGUCUUUGCUUUGGGUAACUUGGGAUCGGAAUGCCCCAACAUCACCCUACUUUGACGGUGCCGCAUUUGCCAUCCUCACUCUGAUGAGUAGCUUGAACAGCUGCGUCAAUCCGUGGAUAUAUCUUGCGUUGAAUCGCGAACUCUGGCGGGCCUUGACCGACCGCGUUUGCCUCUCAAGAAGUAAUCGGGACGAAAAUCGGAAGAAUUGUCGUAAAUCUGGUGAACACGUACCUGUGUCGACGAUCACAGACGUAGGUGCAAUGGGUUCCUCGACAGUUGUUGCGGGUCGUCGAUGUUGUUGCUGUCGAUGAUGCUGCUGCUGCUGCUGCUGCUGCUGUUGCUUCUUAUUCUCAUCCAAGUCCAGGAGAACUGGAGAUUUCAAACUACUCUCAUCUGUAGUUUCGUCUGUCGUCUGUUACCAGAUAUUAUCAAAUUGUACCGUUACGCCAAAUGAUUAGACAGAACAUCGGUCUUACUGUGUUGUUGAGGCUUUAACUUUGA